AUGGGAGGACUUCUCUAUGGUCUUGACAGCGGAAUCAUCGCCACGACCAUUGGCCAAGCCUCAUUCAAACAGUACAUGUACGGCGGGCCCAAGGGCGAUCCAUCCCUGACUGGAGGCAUUGUCUCUUCGUAUUAUGCCGGAAGUUGCAUUGGCGGUCUACAAUCAGGAUGGCUAAUGGACAGAUGGAGUCGUCGUUAUACUGUCCUCAUAGGUGCCAUGGUCAGUAUUGUUGGAGCGGCUCUGCAGGCCGCAGCCAUCAAUCCGGGCAUGAUCAUUGCGGGUCGUAUACUCAGUGGUUGGUCCACAGGUGUUCUCUACUCUGUGACUCCCGUCUACUUGGCCGAGGUUUCACCGCCGGAAAAUCGAGGUUUCCUAGUCGGCUUGAAAGGUCUCACCAACGCCUUGGGCUUCUUCUUGGCCAAUUGGAUUGGCUAUGCCGGCUCUUUUGCUCAUGGCAAUGCCUCUUGGAGAAUUCCCCUGGCUAUGCAAGCACCUCCUGCAGUUGGUCUGGGUUUACUCGUGAUCUUUAUGCCCUUUUCUCCUCGUUGGCUGAUCAAGCAAGAAAGAUAUGAGGAGGCUCUUGGAGUUCUUCAGAGGCUUCAUGGAGCGCGAGGCGAGGACUUUGUACAGAAGCAAUACACCGAGAUCCGAGACCAGCUAGCUUUAGAGGCAGAUAUUCGCAAGAAGUCCUCUAUUCGCAUCCUGUUCACUCCCCGCUAUGCCCGUCGACUUUUACUAGCCUGCCUCAUUGUCAACAUGACGAAGCUGUCCGGUUCUCAAAUUAUCCAGAAUUACCAAAGUCUGAUGUACGCUGCUCUCGGUUUCAAGGGCCAGACUGUGCUGCUUAUUGCGGGUUGCUAUGGCACGAUGGGCGUGUUGGGACAGAUCAUGAACUUGAUCUGGGUUUCCGAUACUUGGUCAAGACGCAGGACUAUGUGUGUCGGUUGCGCAUCUUUGGCGGCUACUCUCGGUGUCCUCACGGCUCUCUCCAAAUUCUACCCAGAUGACCAUAACCUGGCCGGCAGCUCUGCGGGCGUUGCUUUCAUCUUCAUCUUUUCUCUCUUGUACGCUCUGUUCUUCAACAGCACUAACUGGGUGCUGGUAUCGGAGAUAUUCCCUCUUCAUCUUCGAGGUACAGGUGUUGGUUUUGCCAUCACUACGCAAGCCAUCACUGCGAUCUGGCUCACCCAAGUUUCCCCAUUGGCUUUCGACAGUCUAGCUUGGAGAUUCUACUUCAUUUUCAUUGCCACAAAUAUCGUCGCCGGAACUAUCUACUACUUCUUCCUUCCUGAGACCAACCAGCUUAGUCUUGAGCAGAUCGCCGCAGCGUUCGGUGAUGCCGCAGUUGAGCCGAAUGUUGGCAAGGUGAUUGACGACAAGGAGAAUAACGACGAAACCGAGGCGAUCGAAUACCAGGAGAAGAAGUAA